CCCACAGAUAAUGACAGGAGAGCUCACCCGAGGAAACCCCAGGAAGAGAGAGAAGCAAGCGAAGGUAUCUCCUAUGGAUCGGAAGCCUCCGCUAGCAGUGUCGCCACGGCGUCUUCGUCCUCGCCGGCCACCACCGCGCUCCACUCCCUCUGUUCAAACUCCACCAGCAACUUUCAAAAGUGCCCGAUACUCCUCCAUGAAAUCACCAAUCCAGCCUGUCUACCAGAUGAUUUCAUUGGAGUUGAUGGCGCUGGCUGAAAGGGCCAAGGAAGAGUUUGGAUCCAAUGAUGAUCUGGGUAGUACGUUUUCUUCUUCCAUAACUUGCAGUAGUAGUCCCAUGUUUGAAAGAGGGAGGUUCUAUGAACUUUACUCGGCUCGAAGGAAUGAGAAGCUUAAGAGAAAGAAAGAGGAGAUUGAAGAGGAUAUGAUUGCUCAAGACCCAGGCAUUGCCAUUGAACUCGCAAAAAGGAGGAGUUCAAAGAAGGUUGAUAGCAUGCGGAAAUCAGUACCGGCCGACUUCUCGUCGAGCCGUGUUUUGAGAUCUUCUGUGAGGAGCAGCAAGGAGAUGAGGAAGCCUUCUGCCUUGACAUCUCCUGACAAGCCUGCUGCUACUGGGAAGAGGAUCGGAACUCGGUCGAUGCGAAAGUUGUGAAUUAAAAGAAAGAGGAUCUGUCUCUCCUCCUUGGCCUAUUGCGUUGUGAUCUCUUGCUGCAGCAAAUUUUCUUAUUGCUCACAGUUUCGUUGUGCUUCAUUUAUAGAUGCUGCUAUCUCAUACUGAGAUAUGGUUUGUUGAAUUGACCUUUUUAUUUUUCCUCCUCUUUCCUCUAGUUUAAAGAAAGAGGAAACUAUAACCAUAUUAAAGUUUUCUAGUUCUCAUCAAA